ACUCUGCUCUUCUUCCUCUUGUUGCUAUCGUCUCUCUCUCUCGGGUCAAAAUUAGGGUUUCGUUUCACUAUCCAGAGUGUAUACAAAGGUUGUUGUGGAGCUUUUAUCAGAUCACAGGAAUAAGAUGGAGGUAUUUGGAAAAUCUCCCAUGGUUGUUACAUCUGCCAAUGUUAUUUACUUGUCUGCAAUUCUGGGUCGCGAUUGCGAUGGACACAAAUGUGAUUGGAAAUGUGAGAAUGAAAAUGUUUGUGGGAAUAUGUAUCGCUGCAAACUAACUGGACUAACUCAUGUCUGCGACAAGAACUGUAACCAGCGGAUUCUCUAUGAUAACCAUAGCUCUUUGUGCCGAGCCAGUGGGAGGAUUUUCCCUCUCUCGUCCGUCGAGGAGCAGGCGGUUAAAGGUGUUCGGAGGAAGCUUGACGCCGCUGAGAGUCAUCCUUCUGAGAGCUGUUCGUUUAAGCGUCGUCGUCGUGAUGCUCAGUUCCAUGCUUCUCCUUUCGAGAGGUCUUUUACUGCUGUGAGCCCUAUCUGCAGCCCGGCUGGAGACGGAAUGGAGUUGGUUUAGAUUCCAUGUUGAUCUCCGCAAAUCCUGAGACUGAGAGGCCUCUUUAUCUUACGUAGAAUAACUUCCCUUUUCUCUUUCUUUUGGACAACUAUGGAUAUGAGACAUUGUGCUAUUGCUCUCGCAGGGAGGUCUAGGCAUAUCCUCCCUGCCUUAAAGAGAGCUUUUAUCUUAGUAAUGUUGAACUUUAUGUAGUACUUAUGUAGGAGAGACUUUAUAAUUCUAAUGCUUUAUUCUGG